GAGACCUGGUGUGGAUUGGCUGCAGCCCUUCGGACGAAGAGUUUGCUGCUCUUGCUGCUGCUGCUCCUCCUUCGAGGGUUUUCAGCAAAUUCCCUUUUGCUGCUGAGCUGGCAGCAAAGCACUGGCUUUGCUUCUUGAUUGGAGCCAUGCAGGCAAGCAGCAGCAGCAGCAGCAGCAGCAGCAGCAGCAGCAGCAGCAGCAGCGGCAGCAGCAGCAGCAGCAGCAGGGGUGACGGGGGGCAGGGGACAGCAGCAGCAGCAGGAGUGCUGCUGCUGCGGCGAGGGAGCGGCAAGAAUGGCUUGCGCCGUCAGUGGCAGCUUAUUCGCUUGUUUAGGGAGUUGGAGCCGGCGUUGUUUUCUUUUUACCCGAAAACUUUGCUGCUGCCGGACAGCAGCAAUUUGCUGCUGCAGUCAUUUGGGCCUAGGACUUUGUCUCCGCCUUCAUCUCAGGCCUUGGCGCUGCAGCAGCAGCGCCGCAGCAGCAGCAGCAGCAGCAGCAGCAGCAGCAGCAGCAGCUACGGGGGAGGGCUGUUUGGGCUGUGGGAAGGCAGCAGCGGGGAGAGCAGCAACGCGCGCGACGGCGCAGCAGCAGCAGCAGCAGCAGCAGCAGCAAAGUUGUGGAUUCUGAAGCCGCUGUUUGGCUGCCAAGGCAGCGGCGUGCUGCUGGCAGCAGCAGCAGCAGAUGUUCCUGCUGCAGUGCUGCAGGGAGCAGCAGCAGAUCUUUACAUUGCGCAGCAAUAUAUCCAAAACCCUUUUCUCCUCAACAGCAAAAAGUUCGACUUUAGGGUCUUCCUUUCAAGACGGGGGCUGGUCCGCUUCUGCACUGAAGAUUAUCCUGCUGCUGCUGCUGCUGCUGCAGCAGACAGCAGCAGCAGCAGCAGCAGCAGCUGGAGUGUAAAUGCCCAUUUGACGAACUAUGCUCUCAAUAAAAAACACCCCGCGUUCAAAAGUUCCGCGUUUGCCGCGCUGUGGGCUUCGUUCGGACUCCCCAGCUGCUCAUUUGCUGCUGCUGCUGCUGCUGCUGCUGCUGCUGUUGCUGCUGCUGCUGCUGCUGCUGCAGGAGUAGACACAGACAAUUUCUGGCAGCAGCUGCAGGAGAUAGUCUCCCGCACUGUGCGGCUGUUGGGGCCUUUGCUGUCUUUGAAGUACCGGGCGCUCUGGUGUACAGACACCCCACAGCAGCAGCAGCAGCAGCAGCAGCAGCAGCAGCAGCAGCAGCGGGGGCGGUGUUUCCAGAUUCUGGGCUUCGACCUGCUGCUUGAUGCGAAGCACAAGUUGUGGCUGCUCGAAAUCAACUCUAAUCCUUCCCUCAGGACAGAUUACGAAGCAGAGGGUCCUGGGGGCUACAGCAGCACGAAAGAAAGUGUGGUUGACAGAAGGGUGAAGGAGCCGCUGCUGCGAGAAGCUUUAAUUUUGGUUUAUUUGUCGUUGCUGUCGCCAGCAGCAGCAGCAGCAGCAGCUGCUGCUGCUGCUGCUGCGCCGCAGCCCAGCAGGAGGGAGCAGCUGCAGCCAAAAGCUGCUGCGGCAGCUGCCCGGAAGCAGCGGCAGCAACACAGGCACGACAAGAAGCAGCAGCAGCAACAGCAGCAGCAUGGUGGGGCUGCAGCACAGGAUAAGCAGCCGGCAGAAGCUGCAGCAGCAAGUGCAGCAGGGGCAGCACCUGCUGCUGCAUCAACUGCUGCAGUUGCUGCAGCAGCUGCUGCUGCUGCUGCUAAUGUCACGCCUCCUCCGUGGCCUACGAGCGAUGACGAGCUACGGGCGACGCCGCCGCCGCAGCAACAGCAGCAGCAGCAGCAACAGCAACAGCAGCAGCAGCAGCAGCAACAGCAGCAGCUGCAGCAGCAGCAGAAGUCGUCUGCUGCUGCUGCAGCAGCAGAACCCGCAGCAGCGGAAGCUGCGGCAAACCCUAGGACACUACAGGCCCGCUACCGAGAUGCGCUUAAACGACACGCAGCAGCAGCAGCAGCUGCUGCUGCUGCUAGCUCAGCAGCAGCAGCUGCUGCUGCUGCUUCUUACAAAGCAAGGCAGCAGCGCCACAAGGAGCAGCACCAGCGGCAGCUGCAGCUGCACAGCCAGCAGCAACAGCGGCUCCGCAGCAGCAACAGCAGCAGCAGCAGCAGCAGCAACAGGAGAGCGCAAGCGCCAGACUCCAGACUCCUCAGAGUACUCAGCAGCAAACGCCGCGCCACAUGCCUACAGCAGCAGCAGCAGCAGCAGCAGCAGCAGCAGCAGCGGCAGCAGCAGCUGCAAGGCAGCAGCAGCAACACUCGAGCUGCGUCGACCGAUUCCAAAGCACGAGAAGGCCUGAAGCAGCAGCAGCAGCAACGGCAAAAGCAACAUGAGCAGCAAAGUGAGCUGCAUGAAGAACAGCAGCAGCAGCAGCAGCAGCAGCAGCAGCAGCAGAUCGGUGGGGCUGCAUUGAGCGAAAGCGCUUCAGUGCGUAGCUGCUGCAGUCGCCGGCGCAACAGCAGCAGCAGCCGCAGCCGCCGCAGCAGCAGCGAGGAGGGCGGGGGUGCCUCAAGCAGCAGCAGCAGCAGCAGCAGCAGCAGCAGCAGCAGCAGCAAGAGGGGCUGCUGCUGCCCUUCAAGUGCAGCAGCAAGGAGCACGGAAGCAGACGGGUGCUCCGCAGCAACUCCGGACACUGGUUCUGAGGACGCGGCUUUGCCCGCUGCUGCUGCUGCUGCUGCUGCUGCUGCUGGGGGCGAGCAGCAGCAGCAGCAGGGCAGCACCCCGUUCCUGCUGCAGCGGCGGCAGCAGCAGCAGCAGCAGCAGGAGAGCUGGCUGUCGAGCUGCUGCUACAGCCAGAUAAGCAGCCGGCGGACUGCGACGACUGCGACGACGGCGAGCAGCAGCAGCAGCAGCAGCAGCAGCAGCAGCAGCAGCAGCGCGCUCGGCGAGCUGCUGCUGCUGCACUGCUGCUGCUGGGCUGCUGUUCCCACCGCCCCCUCAGACCUCAGGACCCCACAGUCUUUUUCUUUGAUUCUUUUCUCCGAGUGUAUGUACACCUUCGAGCACCUCGCCAACUUCCCCAGCAGCAAAACCAUUUCGCUGCACUCUUGGAUUCGCUUCUGCAGAGCAGCAGCACUCGACACCAAGGUGGCGCUGCUGUGGGUCCCUGUGUCUGCUAGCAGCAGCAGCAGGGAAGCAGCAGCAGCAGGGCAGCAGCAGCAGCAGCAGCAGCAGCAGCGGCAGCGCACUUGCCGCCGCUUCGCGCAGAGGCCUUUGGGGCUGCGAGACUUGGCAGUGCUGCACAGCAGUUUGCUGCGGCCGCACAGCAGCAGCAGCAGCAGCAGCGCAGCAGCAGCAGCAGCAGCAGCAGCAGCAGCACCCUUUCCCAACUCCAAUGGUUUAGGGUUUUGGGGCUUUUGGCGGCUCGCGAGGGUUAUGAGUGCUUUGCUGCAGCAGUGCACUCCUGCAUGCGCUUGCUUCUACAGCAGCAGCAGCAGCAGCAGCAGCAGCAGCAGCACUUGUGGACGGCUCUGCGCUGCUGACAGCUGGACGCUGGGGCAGCAGCAGCAGCAGCAAGCCGGCAAGGAGGGGGGGCUCUUCCUGCAGCAGCCGGAGCAGCAGCAGCAGCAAGGGCCCAGGGGAGCAGCAGCAGUUGCUGCUGCUGCUGCUUCCUGCCGCAGCAAGGCGGGCAGCCGUGCUGCUGCUCCUGCCGAGUCCCCUGCUGCAGCAGCAAGCAGCGGCAUGUCCAUGCUGCUGCUGCACCGCAGCAUUUCGGACGUUUCUGCUGCUGCUGCUGCUGCGGACUCGGACAGCAGCAGCAGCAGCAGAAGCGUGCGGCUGUCCCCUCGGGUGCAGCUCGCGAAGCGGGCAGCAGCAGCGCAGCAGUUUUCCAAUUCCGUUGCUGCUGCUGCUGCUGCUGCUGCUGCUGCCUCUCCCUCGCAGCAGGUAAACGUCGUCUUCAGCAGCACCCCCCGGCCCUGGGCGCAGCAGCAGCAGCAGCAGCAGCAACAGCAGCAGCAUGAUGAACAAGCGCACACAGACAGCAGGAGGAGCAGCAGCAGCAGCUCUUCUGAAGAGUCUUCAGACUCCGAAGCAGCAGAACACUCAGCAGCAGCAGCAGCAGCAGCAGCAGCAGCAGCAGCAGAGGCAAGUGCGGCCUCUGCAGCAGACGGCGCCGCCACAGCAGAGGCGUGCAGCCGCACCGGCACAAGCAGCAGCACCGCCGCCAGCAGCAGCAGCAGCAACAGCAGCAGCAGCAGCAGCAGCAGCAGCAGCAGCAGCAGCAAGAAUGGCCGCAUCUUUUUAAGCUGGUGGCCCAAUGUUGAUUUAUUUUAUAGAAAACUAACAGCAGCACAACGCCUGGAGUGCAUGCGCCAGGGCAUUUGCUUCCUGAGGCACCGUGCUGCUGCUUUCCGCAUGCAGCAGCAGCAGCAGCAGCAGCAGCAGCAGACGCACCCCUUGGCAGCAGCCGCCGCCGCGGCGUCCCGCAUGCAGAGCUAG